AUGCAAAACGCACAAUAUAAAAAUUCUGUUUCACUUCUCAUUUCAUUAUCAAUGGCUCAAAAUGAUAUAUAUCGUGUGCUUAUUAUUGGUGGUGGUCCAGUGGGUCUUUUACUAGGCUGUCUUCUGCGUGAUCAAGAUGUGAAUGUCACUAUGGUGGAAAAACGAUCAGAAACUACACGAACAAGACGCGUUAAAUUAUCUGGACAAAUUCUUCUAUCAAACGUGAUCACUAAUGGUAUUCAUUUAUUUUCUGAAAAACAAAUGGAAGAACGACAGAAAGCUAUUGAUUCUAUGAAAUUAGAACUUUCUGGGACGAUUACUAGUUGGCUCGAAGUGUGUACAUCUAUCCAAACAAUUCAAGAAACGCUUAAAAAAUAUUAUAUUUCAUCGGGUGGUACAAUUUUAGUUGGUGAUCAAUAUGAUUUUAGCAAAAAUUUAGGUUCACUUCAGUACUAUUCAAACACAUUCAUAAUCGAUUGUACAGGCUAUCAUUCUGUAUUAAGUAAUCAUAUUCAACCAAAUAAUCGUAUUAGUCUUUUAGUUGAAUAUGUACUGAUAUGCUCAUUCAUAUUUGAUGAUAGAUAUGAAUGUAAUGAAUUAUGUAAAUAUUAUAAAAAUCGUCGUACACAAAAAUAUCGUGUCAUUCCAUCAAUCGAUGAUACUUAUAUAAUGAAAGAGAGACAAACGUAUGUUACAGGUUUAAUUACAAUUGAUGAAAACCUAUUUCAACAAAUGUGUGAAAUAAAACCUUUAACGUAUAAUUAUUUAAAGGAAUACCAACAUGAAAUUUAUAAUGAUUUGGACAAAUUUUUAGACAAUCUUUCUGAUGAAAAUACAAGUAAAGUCCGUUACGAUACAAUGGAAUUAAUUGUUCUUCCUUUACAAGCAUAUUGUGCUAAAAAACUUACACAUUCAGUGUAUGAUAACAAUCUUAAUCAGCAUUGGAUAUUAAUGGGCGAUGCAGCAAUGGGUGGACCUUAUUUUCAAUCGAUCAGUGUGGGUUUUGAAAGUGCUAUUUAUUUUGCUUAUAUUUUUCAACAUAUGCAAGGCAAUGUACAACAAAUGUUAACUAAAUAUGACAACUAUGUGGAAAAAUUAUGGUUAAAACUUCAAAUACAUUCAAAAAAUAUUCAACAUAAUAAACAAAUUUUACAAGCACUGUGUGCACAUGAUCAACAUGCUGUUCUAAAUAUAAUAACAAUUUAUUAA